AUUAGUUCAGUCCUUAGUUUUUUACACCAUAUUUAUUAAUACGGUUGGAUUGCGCAAAAUGAAGGCGAUUUUAUUUAUUUUUGUGGUCAUUCUAUGGAAUAACAUAGAGAGCGUCAAGAUUCGGGCAACCCGUAGACAAUGGAUCGAGUAUGUAACAACCCAAUCUCCACUUCCUGUCCAAACCCAAUAUGCCACCUGGCAGUAUCCCAACCAAAAAAUCCCGGUUUACCAGGACAAGCAAUUCGUAUAUAACUAUGUUAACCCUUUUGGUGUACGCUUCAAUACGUAUGGAACUGGCAGAGGAAAUACAGCAUAUAGCGCUUAUAUAAAAGGACAAAUUCCUAUUGGAGGUCAGAAUAUUUAUCAAAUUUGGCCUGGCUCUGGCCAGUGGGCAAAUAAAGGGCAAAUUGAUCUACCAGGAUAUCAACAAGUAAAUGGUGGUCAAAUUAUAUAUGGGAAUUGGCCCAGUUCUGGCCAAAAAGCCUGGUGGGGAACUAAAGUGCAAAUUGGUCAGCCAGGCUACCAACCAGCAAAUGGUGGUCAAAUCGUGUAUGGGAAUUGGCCAUAUUCUGGCCAGACAGCUUGGUGGCAAAAUAAAGGCCAAAAUAGUCAAACAGAAUAUCAAACCUGGGUAGAUUCUCAUGUUCCAACUACUCUUCUUAAUAACGUGGUAAAUGGAGAACACGAUCUCAAUCUAUAUCUUAACCGAAAAGAAAAUUCUGAAGGUGGCGAUAUCCAAAAUGAUAAAAACAUAAACCAAGAUACUAAAAGUACUCAAUUCAACAACAACGCGGAAAAAAGUGGCUCAUUGUUUUCAGCUUCUGGCCAUGUGAAGUCAGAGUCACCAGAUUUAAGAUUUUACAGCGUAGAUCACAAUAAAUUAGACGUUGACGAAGCUUCACUACAAGAAGCAGCCAGUAAAGUUAGUACUGCUAACUUAGACAAUAUUAGCACAGUUGACAAUUUCCAAUAUAAAGAUGGUGAGAACAUUUUAACUGAAGAUUUAAAACAAAACCGGGCUGACGUAACACAAAGUGCUAACUCAGUGACAGCAAGUGACUGGAACGGCGGUGAAAAUGUCAUAGAUAUUCGUGCCGGUAAUGAAGCAAGCGCUUACCCGUCCACUUCUCCAUUAACGACUGUCUCUGAUUUGACUUCUGUUAAUGGAAAUACUAUCACAGGACCUGUAAAUCAAUACAAGACCGGUACAGAGAGUAUCGUGAACGGCAAUCCUUUUUCAACUGACCUCAAGAAUUCUUUAGUUACAAAUGGAAUAAACAUGGCCGAUGCUCGUCUUCAAAACCAAUUAAAUAUAAGUCUUCCUCCGAAUAGGAACUUAUAUUAUUUAAAUCAAAAUAAUGUUAACUUGCAAACCAAAUAUCCUACCCCUGUUAAUGAACAAAGAAUGCAUGGAAAUAAUCCAGUCUAUCCUAACGUCUUGCCACUAAACCAACAAUACAUGAAUGGAUACAAUAUGCCAUGGAAUAAUUUGUACCAAACUAAUCAACUACCUUUGCGAGAAAAGACUUCCCCAGGGAGUAAUCUUAAUAAGCCUUGUUUAAAUCCAAGCAUAAAUCUUCAACCGGGAUAUGAUAGAUUCACAAAAGAGAUCUACAAUAACGUACCACCCCAGAACUUAGAUAUUGGAUAUGGUCUUCCUGAAAGAAGUCCCUUUGAUAUUGGUUCUGCCAAUGGCGCUUAUCAAUCAAACUUUUACAAAAGGUAUCCAUUUCUAAAUCAAAUACCAAGAAAAGAUAAUUAUCCUUUACCAGAUAAUAAAUACAGAGAUCCUUAUCAAAACAAUGCAGGAAUUUUGAGACCAAAUCAAGCUCCAUCCACAGAUCCUUAUGGCGGAUUAUUUCUCGAGUCGCAAAAUUCUGAAAUACCUAAUAACAUUGGAUCUUUACAACAAAUUAAUUCAGAAAUAAUAUCACGCGUACGCGAUGGACAUAGUACAUCAGAGGCUUCAGAAAAGUAUGUUACUGAUAUGAUAGUAGAUAUAGCUACUGACUUAGUAAAGUUUCCCUCCCACAAAUGUCAUGGUGAGAAUGUUGCAAAAUUAUUAGAAGGAAUAAAAACUAUUGUCGAGGCUAUGAAGUCAGAUUGUGAAAAAUCCCAUUGAUAAUGUGGCCAGAGGAAAGGCAAUUUUUGCAGCUAAAUGUUUGUCGAUAGUAAAAGUACAAUAAAUGAAUAUUUUAGA